CGAUAAAGAUGUCAUUGCCAGUGGUUGCCAGCGACGAUAUCAGGCGAUACAGCUAGAGACGAUAACGAUAACCAGCGGUAACCCUACUACGCGAGUUCUCGUGUCCGAAGUCGCAAGUGCACGUUUGAUUGAGAAAAAACUCACGCGACAUGUAAACCAUGUAAUUGGAUCUGUUGUUCGAUAUCCGUGCAUUUUUUUUUUGCCUUAAUGCAUUCGUGCGCCCGCGCGUGGAAAUUACGCCACAAACCUGUGUGAUGAUACCCGUCACGGCGGUGACGGCGAGCUGGUCAAAAUCGGUGCAGAGAUUCAGCCGCGAGAUCAGCAAAAUCCUGAUUUAUUGACAAAGGCAGGAAACGUCGAACAAUGACGGAAAGCCUGAUAACCGAGUGGCUAGCGGAUUGCAAAGAUGUGCCUCCGUCAGAUCUGCACACGUUUGCCAGCACGCUCUCUCAGGACAACGAGAUCGUGCGAGCGCUUUAUGUGCUUUUAGAAGAGCGCACUAAAUAUAGCGAGUUGAUGGACACAGUAUGCAAUCAAUUAUAUAAUUUUUAUCGAUCUCGAGAAAUAGAACUGCAAAGAUUUACUCUACAAUUUCUACCUACUCUGAUAUAUAUUUAUCUAAAUUCUGCUGCACAUGGUGACAUUAAGAGUUGUCGUUCUCUUGAGACUCUGUUAAUUGGAUUAUAUAAUCUAGAAGUGGUGGAUAAAUCAGGACAACAAAAAGCAAUCUCAUUUAGAUUACCUUCUUUGGCUAUGUUAUCCUCAUAUCAUGAGCCUGCAAGUCUAGCACCAGCUUCAUUAACAGAAAGCGCGGUGCGUCGAUUUGAAGAAUGCAACACAAAACUUGUGAGCUGGGGUCCCUUGCAGCAAGUUGAAACACUGAAUGCACAAAAUAGAUUAAAAGUUAUGACAGCACUGCUAUUUAUUUAUAAUCAACAAAUUGGAUAUAUAAAUAAAUUUGCUUUAGAACAGUUAUGCAAAGUUGCAACAAAACUUGUUACUCAAGGGUUUAUGAAACCAGGACAUCAUCAACGUUCUUCCUACGGCAGUGAAUCUAGUUUUGUUCCAAGACUUUUACCACGUAUACCAGUAACUGGUCCAUUCCUCUUGGAAUUCUUAAAUGCUAUAUAUUUUGCCAUGUAUAAUGAUUGUUGGUAUAUAGCAAAUCAAGCUGUAGAAGAUAUUCAUAACAGAGCCUGUUAUGAAGCAUAUCCCAAUGUAAUGUUAGUUACCAAUGCUAUACGCAACUCUGCGAGUACUGGAGCACCAGGUCAGCAAAACGAUGGACCAAUGGGAAUUAGCGUUGCAUUGUCUCCAGCAACUACUACACCAACCAUUUCAAAGUCUAUGAUCACAAAUGCUUCCUUCCGUACUAAGAAACUACCAGACGAUCUGGAUGAGAAGUUAUUUGCGGUCGAAUUGAGCAAUUGUCAAGUCGAGAAGCAGCAACAACCGGCGGUAUCCGGCAGCAGCAAACGUCGUCCAUGGCAUUGGAAGCAUACACUUCCAAAUUCAGAUAGGAGGGAUACGAGUGUGGGAAGAGCACAAUCUUCCUCCUCGUUGGAAAGUUCUAGACGUGGAAGUAUAUGCAGCAGCAGCCAAAGCUCGCCGAUAAAGUCUUCUCCUAAAAAGAGCAAAGAUCAUCAGUUAAAGAAAAUAACUGCGGAUAAUAAGGAUGAUAUCAGUCAGAAAGGUCGAAAAGACAGUAGCGUAAAGUGCGAUUCUACUUACCCCGACGAUAGAUUGGCAGCUAACGCGCAUCUGUAUAGUAUGUUAGAGGAACAAGCUCUGGGAGAAAUUAUUCGUGAAUCAGUGGACAAUGUAUAUACUGAAGACAAGAAUAAAUCAAUCAAUUUUUGCGCCACUACUGCAUUAUCAUCAAACAUAUGGUAUUAUUACUUCAGUUACAGCACUCUAGGAUGGCAUGACAUACCAGUUGUAAAAGAUGAAUCUACUGGAGAGGGUAAAGGUAAUUUGGUAUCAAUAACGGAGGAAAAUCAAGACUCAACCGAACCGAGCCGCGUUGGUUCCGUGAGACAAUCGAAGGAUCAAAAGACUGCUUCGAAGAUUACGAACUUUCCUGUACUCGGGAAGAAACCUAAAGAGAAAGAGGGGAAAGUAACGAAGAAUGUUCACGUCGCGUUGUCUGAGAAGGAGAAGAAACUUGGUUCUCAAACCACAUCGAAAGACAACAUCAAAGGUAGUUUAUCAAUGUUGAAUAAUGAACAACAACAAGUAGAAGUUGAAGGAAAUGUUAACGGAUGUGCGAUACGAAAGAAGAAUAAUAGCAUAGAAAAUAAUGCAAUUAUAAUAGAUUCAAAUGCAUUAAUUGACAAUGAGAGACUGGCGCUAAAUAACGAAAAUACUGAUGGUAAUAACAUAGAAAAUUCUCUUAAUUUAAGAGCGCAUAACGAAACAGAGUCAAUGAGUUCUUCUAUUCAAGUAAGCUCUGUUUAAUAUUACAAGAACAAAAAAAAAACUUGAAAAUAACAAAAUGUUAUAUAUAAAUAGUAAUGGGCUGAACACAUUACGCGAGCGAGUAAGAUCGUUCUCUUCCAUCUAGCAAGUUGUCUUGUCAAACCCAUGUUGCCUUUUCCUAAAGCUAUUUAAGAUCACACACACUAUUUUCCCAACAAACAUGUAUAUUAUCAAUGCAUUGCAACAUUUAAAAAUUAGAAAUGUAUAUUUUUCUUGACACGCAUGUAGCAAUUUUAGUCGAUAGUUCAUUACUCUAUUGAUCUCCAAGGUUACCGUAACAAUAGGAGAGGGAACAAUAUAAACUAAAGGCACACGGUUGUUUUGUUAAAUAUUCUGUGCACACACAUAUUGGUGACUCAUUUUUGUAAUUAAAUUUAUAAUUUAUUCGAUAUAUUUUAUAAAUAUAUGUCGAUAUAUAUGUAUAUAUAUGUAUACUAUAUAUAUAUAAUCGUAAUUUCUUUAUUCGAACGGUUAUUGAAACUUCUCACAACACUUCUAGAAAUUAUAAAUAUCAUAAUAUCGAAGAAACAAGUAUUAUCACACAAUGCAAUAUAUAUUACUGUAAUAAUUUGUUUAACCCAGAUGCGCCAUGAUGUAUACUUGCAGCCUUUUUCUCUAUCUUCUUAGAUAAACGGUGCAUGUCUAAAUAUAUCUGUUACUACGACUGCUAAAAACGCAGCACAAAAUGAUAAUGAUUAGAGAAAGAGACAGAGAGAGAGAGAGAGAGGAAAGAGAAGAGAAGGCCUCAAGAUAACACUGCAGUGUCAUUUAUCUGUAAACUGGAUAGAUCUAUUAUAGUUGUAAAAUAUAUUAGGCAUGUCUGGGUUGAAUAAUAAAAAAACUUGAUAUUAAUUUUGUCAUGAUUGUUCUAAUAUGAUAUUAAGAAUUCCAUGACAAAUUAUCUGAAUUUGCAAAUAGUUAUAAAACAAAACAUUGGUAUAUAUAUAUAUGUAUAAAAUAUAUGUGAUUGUUGAAAAUGAUUAUGAUAUAUUCAACCACAGAGAGUUUAUUCUCGCGUGUAUGAAAGUUGAUUCACGUUGAAAAUAGUCAACUAGUUAGAGAAAUGUGCCGCUUGUGCAUGAAAAGAUGGGAAUAUGAUAAUAAAUAUAAGUUUUUGAAUACAAUAUUUUUCCUUAUAAACUAUGUGAACUUCGAUCUAGCAUUUUAUUAGUCAGAGAGUUCCAAGAUUUUACACCAGAAAUAAAAAAGUAUUUAGAAAACAAAUUCUAAAGGAAUUAAAAUAUCAUUCGUGUAAAUUAAUGUAUAAGUGUAAGAAAUCAUUAUCUUUAAAAAUUUGAAUAUUUAACUUUAUAUGUCUUUGCGCACUUGUUUGAAAAUAUAGAUACAGUAUACAUUUUUUAAGAAAAAAAAUGCGCAAAACAAAUUUGAUACUUUUACUGCGUUCAGUACUUGUCUUUUUAAUAUUUCGAUUAAAAGUCGAAAUCAUUAAAGAAUACUGUGAUCAAUUCCCACUUUUUUAUGCUCUGAGUGUAGAAUUGUACUAAUUUAUUAAUUAUAUAUAUAUAUAUAUAUGUAUGCGUGUGCGUGUGCGUGUGUGUGCGCGCGCGUAUGUCGUGUG